AUGACUAAACCAAGCUCAGUGGCUCAAGGUGUGUCUAUGUGGGAAUGGUCUGGCUCUGCAUUUGAUGAAGGAGAAAAAGCUGCUAAGUGGUUUUCAGAUUAUCUUGGCAAACAAAGCCAAACUGAAACUAGGCCUUCACCUCCUCAGUUUGCACCAGAUUACACCACAACAUUUGCAAAUACGUUUCCCUUUAUUGGUUGCCUCUCAGGGUUCUUUAGACUAACUGAAUACACUUCUUUCAGAACCGGUGCCUAUGAACCUAUUAUUGUGGAUAACUGUGAUCCUUUCGGAGAAGAUCUCUGGGAUGAAGUCAUGAUAAAAGAACUUGUCUUCCAAGGAGUUGUUAGGCUAUGUAGCCGCUGCAAGGUUUUCUUUGGUAAGGAUAUGGUUUGGAAUUGGCACAUUACCAACAACAACCAAGGCAAAGGUAACAAGACAAUCAAAGUUGGAGAUUCCAUCUCUGUCAUAAGGAAGAUCCCUCCCAGGGCUGAAGCACCUGUUUAA